AUGACAAUUACAACUGUUCAGGAUCUAAAGAGGAUUCUUCCCAAGACAUAUGACCACAGGAAAGAGGUGCUGUCUGAGAUCUGGACAGUUCUGUCUCAGCACAAAAACCUUGAGGCGGUGAUGGACAGAUUCGUCUUUAAUGAUGGCACAGUGAAGAACUUGAGUUUGACUGGAACUGUUAUGGUGUUAUUUAAAGGGAAAUGUUACAACAUUCCAGUGUGUUUGUGGCUGGAGGAAAGUUAUCCACGCACUGCACCCAUCUGCUUUGUGAAACCCACACGUGAAAUGAUGACCUAGCUGACCAGUAGCCACGUCAACAGCAAUGGAGAGAUCCGCUUGUCCUACCUGAAUGAGUGGAGACAUAUGCAGUGUGACCUGCACAGUUUGAUUCAGGUUAUGAUGGCCGUGUUUAGUGAGGUCUCUCCUCUGUGCAUGCGUCCUGACCCAGAAGACUGUGAGUAUAGUUUCCGUGUUCAUUCCCAUCAUAAAAGUUUUCACAUCCGUAUUUGAACAAUGUCUAUAUCUGCUCUUCUGUCCUAAUUACCUCAAAAAACAGAUCAACGAAAAGGUAAAACAUAGUUUACAUGUGUUAAAUAUGAUAACAAGUAUCCAAAGGUUGCUGAGGAAAACAAAAAUAAUGUUAUGAGAUUAAACAUCAAGCUUAUCAUCAUAUUAUGAAUUUAGCUAACCAAAAAUCAU